AUGAGUGCAGAGGAGCCAGGGUUACGACAUCGCUUCCAUGGCAACAACAACAACAAUGACCAAACUCAAUCCACGAGAUCGUCGUCGACAUCCUCCAGCGAUCCCAGUAUCAACAAUGGCGACAUGACUCGACCAUCGUAUGGAAAGACGCCUACAGGAAAAGUCUUCCAAGUGCCUAUGACACGUGACAUGGUGAAUACGUUGUUUGAUCCACGACAAGGCAAAAGUGUCUUUGACAUGGUGACAUUGGGUGUCAUGGCCGUCGAGAUCCUAUUCUUUUUUUCAUUGUCACAUCAAGCCAAACGCAUCUUCUUCGUCUUUGUCUUUUUCUUUUGGCGCUUGGCGUACAAUGUCGGGUUGGGCAUCUUACUCAAGUAUCAGAGCGACACUCGUGGACUGGUUCUUUUCGCCAAGAAACACAAGAUCUUUGAAGAGAAUGCACAUCCUAAAUUGUAUCAGUGGUUAAAGCAUCAAUUGUCAAUCAAGAUGGGAGACGACUAUGAUUUCACGACAGCUCCACUUGAGUACAACACUUGGCUACUUUUUCGACAAUUGGUGGACCUUAUCCUGAUGAAUGAUUUCGUAUCUUACUUGUGCUUUGCAUUGUCGUGGUUCAAUACGUCGUCACAGUCGACGAUGUUUCUGGGUGAUGCUAUGCGCUGGUGCGGUGGGCUAUUCUUGAUCGUAUUCAACAUAUGGGUCAAGAUUGAUGCACAGCGCGUGGUCAAGGAUUAUGCAUGGUAUUGGGGCGACUUUUUCUUUCUCAUUGAGCAAUCACUCACGUUUGAUGGUGUGUUUGAGAUGGCACCUCAUCCCAUGUAUUCGGUUGGCUAUAUUGGUUAUUAUGGUGUCUCCUUGUUGAGUGCGAGCUACACAGUCUUAUUUGUCAGCAUUGCAGCCCACGCUAUGCAAUUUGCCUUUUUGGCAUGGGUAGAAACUCCACACAUUGAAAAGACCUACAAUCCUCCGGUUACACCAAAAAGAAUGCCAUCUCAUACCCUCUCCACCAUUGUGUCCUAUGAAGACUUGGAUCAAGUCAACCAAACAUUGGAUCAAAAUGCGAGCCGAGACUUUUACUCCUAUUAUUUUCGACGAGAUCUCAUUGUAUUCAAAAACUUUGAUCUCUUCCGAUCCACGGACUUGGCAUCAGGAGCACUCAUGGUCUAUGCGCUUGUCACACCAAUCAUUGUACGAGGAACCAAGGGCGUCUGGUUUGCAGUGGCACAAGCUGUAUUUUGGCGCAUUUUUCAUUCGUAUGGACUUGGCACCUUGCUUCAUGCUCAAUCGACCAACAAGUACUUCACACGGCAUUUUGUAAAGUGGGGAGGUGGCGUUCAACAAGCCUUUCAGAAUUGGAAGAGCAUUUACAACCUCUCCUUAUCAAUGACCUAUAUCACUUUCUUUGCUGCAUGUUGCAAGAUGUACUCACUGCCUGUUGAUUGGACAUAUGGCACAACCUUAUUACAACAUACGCUUGGCUUCGCCUUUAUUGCUUUACAUGUUUGGACAGCAAUGUCAAUCUACGAAGUUCUCGGUGACUAUGGAUGGUUCUACGGCGACUUUUUCUUGGAGGAUCAUCAUCAAUCACUCUUGUACCAUGGCAUUUAUCGAUACCUGAAUAAUCCUGAAAAGAUUGUUGGACAUGCGGCAUUUUGGGGAAUGACUCUUAUCGCCAGCAGUUGGACCAUCUUUGCUCUUGCACUCUUUUCUCAAAUCUCCAAUUUCUGGUUUCUGAAUUAUGUGGAAGCUCCUCACAUGCGCAAGUUGUACGGUGAUCAGAUUCGCAAAGAAGCCGGUUUCACCAAGACACUAAAGUCGGCAGCUGCACUUGCCUUGCCACGCGCAUUCCCUGACAAGUUGCAACAAGAAGUGAGCAAAUUGGUUCAUGACACGGGAGAGCUACGAUCAGCGGUAGAUGCAACGAAGAAUGCAGAACGUGCUUUUAAGGAGUUGCUUGAAAAAGUGGAACGUACAGCAGAAGAGACAGCUGGAGCUGUGGGUGGCAUGUUGACGGAUGCAGCGCUUCCUAAACUUCAUGACAUUGUACAAGAAGCAAUGCAUUUACUCGAAUCAUCACGCACGCGAUUGAUCCAUCCCUUGAUCACUCACGACACGGAUAUGAAUGCUCUGAAUGGAUAUUCGGUUAUCAUAUUGCCAGCAGCACACUCUCAUGAUACGAAUGAUGCCAACAAGUUCUAUCUUGGUCAAUCGAUUCGUGUCCAUUGGAAGGCACCCAGCACCCACAGCACGCAUGAUUGGAUUGGAAUCUACAAGAUCACAGAUAACAGGCACACGCAUAUCAGCAAUGUGAGUUCACAAGGCCGAUGGCAAUGGAUAAUGGAGCCACAUGAAGAAGGGGAUAUUGGAAAUGAGGGGACUCUCGUAUUUCAAGGAAUGAAGCUACCAUGGCAUACUGGCACCUACGAAUUGCGAUACCACCACAACGGCAAACACACCGUGAUGGCACGUAGUGGACCAUUUGACAUCAUUGUGCCACCUGCACCUUGUUUGAACGAUAAGGAUAUGGUUGAACGCACCUUGCUUCGCUUAAUUCAAAAUGUGCUUGCUCACGACCCUCAACAAAUGCCUGUGACACCUGUGGAUGAAGCGAUUGGAAUGACCGAAGCGGAAGCCGAGAACAUUGCAUAUGCCAUUAAGCUCAUGUUUGGUAUUGAGUUUGCAAGGGAGAUUGUGUUGGCCGAUAAAAGCGUGGCGCGAUUAUACAAACGUUUAUAUCAUGCACACCAAGCGCUGGCUCCAUUUUCAACAGUGACCGAUUCCAAAGUACCAGCUUUACUUGAUCCUCUUUCACCUGAAACAUCACCACAGCCAUCGCCUAUCAAACCAAAAGCAAGCACUAUUUCCAAAGUUGAAAGCGAUCCGGUUUUGUAA